AUGGAAAAAUCGGAGAUUAAUAAAGAUGAAGAAGAGUUUAAAAAACCUAUUAUUCACAAGCCUUUGCUUCAUAUCGAAUGUUCUUUAAAAGAAAAGAGCACGUGUAGAUUUGAUAUGGCUUCUCAUUAUGUUCGUCGAUUUCUUCUUGAAAAUUUUUCUUCAUUGACUUUAAAUACUGAAUUUCGUAAUUUUGAAGAUGAGCCGCUUUUAAUGAAGCAUAUUGAGCAAAUUAGAGUUGUUGAAGUUUCAGGAUCCAAUAAAGAAAUCCUUUAUUUAGAUGAGGUCGAUCUUGAUGUUCAUAUAUACCAACUUAACAAUAGUUUGCCUUUUACUAAUAAUUUUGAUGACCAAGAUUUGGAAGAUGGACCAAUGGCUAUAGUGACUGAAUUACCAUCUUUAUCUUUAGAAGGACUUUGGGAUAAUCUGAUAUUCGAGGAUAAUAUCAAAAAUAAUUUAUUGCACUUUAUUCAUACUGUCAUGCUUUUUUCUGACAAAGAUGUUAACUUUAAUAUUGUUACAUGGAAUAGGCUAAUUCUCUUGCAUGGUCCUCCAGGAACAGGAAAAACAUCUUUAUGUAGAGCAUUGGCACAAAAACUUUCAAUUAGGCUUUCUAAUAAAUUUUCUCGAGGAAGAAUUGUUGAAGUGAAUUCUCAUUCACUUUUUUCAAAAUGGUUUUCGGAAAGUGGAAAAUUAGUUGGUAAAAUGUUUCAACAAAUUCAUGAAAUGGUUGAAGAUGAAGAUUCAUUUGUUUGUGUUCUUAUAGAUGAAGUGGAAAGUUUAACUGCUGCAAGAAAAGCUGCUGCAUCUGGUCUUGAGCCAUCUGAUGGCCUAAGAGUUGUCAAUUCUCUUCUUACACAAUUGGAUAAAUUAAAGCCUCAUAAAAAUGUCUUUAUUUUAACUACGUCUAAUUUGCUAGAAGCGAUGGAUCCUGCUUUUGUGGAUCGUAUAGAUAUAAAACAAUAUGUUGGUGAUCCAAAUCCAGAUGCUAUUUUUGCAAUUCUUCAGUCAUGUAUUAAUGAAUUAGGUCGAAAAGGGUUAAUUGGGGAUGGAAUACCGGUUCCUUCAUUUACUGAAGCGUCUAUAAGUUUAUAUUCUCAGCCAAAUUCAUAUAGUUCUCGAUUAUAUAGAAUAGCUGUUGAUUGCAAAGGAUUAUCAGGGAGGACCCUUCGUCGUCUUCCUGUUCUUGCUCAUGCUAAAUAUCUUCAACGACCUUGUUGUACAAUGGAUGAAAUGCUUUGUUCUUUAGAAAAAGUUGUGAAAGAAGAAUUAGAAUUUUCUAUGAAAAUAUGUUAA